ACCAGCGGAGGGAGGAGGACUCAUCUGUUAGCUACAGUUAGCUGGCUAACUAGCUGCUAGCCGGCUAAUCAGAAGCUAAAAAAAUGUUUACUCUCCGCGCUGUGAAAGCUGAACGGGAUGGUUGCAGAGUCGAGGAGACGUACCAUGACAUUACAGAGCCGCGUUGUUGAUGUGUCCGAGCCUUGAGUUAUGCUCUCACGAAAGAAAAGUAAAAACGAAGCGUCAAAACCAGCCGAGGUACACGGGAAAUAUGUGAAGAAGGAAACGUCGCCGCUCCUCAGAAAUCUUAUGCCCUCAUUCAUCCGUCAUGGACCUACUAUUCCCCGACGAGCAGAGGUCCCCCUGCCGGACAUGGGGCCCUCUGCCUACCCUGUGCCGCCCAACAGGGAGCCUGUGGUGUCUCGCAACAAGAGCUUUCUCCGCGCCCCUGUGCAGAGGCCUCCUCAUGAGGUGGCCCGCAGAGAGAGCCACCGCAUGUCUGCACCUCCAUACCUGCCCCGCAGCCUGGGAGACCUGCCCCAUGAGUAUGGGGGCUCCUCACAGUCUUUUCUCACAGACGUGAGCCCCAUGUCUGAGAACGGGGAUGCUGCCCGGUAUUAUUACCCCUCUGAACCGUACUUUGACAACCAGCAGCACCAACAGCAGCGGCAGCAGCCCAGGAGGGUCCCAGACCGCUUUCCCGAGGACUAUAGAUACUAUGAGCACAAUGAACACAACUUCCAAAGACUUCCCCGACAGCACACUCCUCCAGCUCCAAGCAGACCACCUUCAGGCAUAGGUCGAAUCCAGGCCAAGUCCCUUGGGAACCUCUCCAGUCUGACGGGAGAGGACGUCCCACUUCCUGCCGGCUGGACUGUCGACUGGACAAUCCGAGGCAGGAAGUACUACAUCGACCACAACACUAACACCACACACUGGAGCCACCCUCUGGAGAGGGAGGGGCUCCCUCCAGGCUGGGAGAAGGUGGAGUCGGCCGAAUUUGGGGUCUACUACGUGGAUCACAUCAACAAGAGGGCUCAGUAUCGUCACCCCUGUGCUCCUAGCGUCCCUCGCUAUGAUCAGCCUCCUCCUUUACCGCCCCCUGUCACCUAUCAGCCACGUCCUGCAGAGAGGAACCAGCCGGUUCUGGUACCAGCAAACCCGUACCACACAGCAGAGAUCCCCGACUGGCUGCAGGUGUACGCCCGGGCCCCGCUUAAGUACGACCACAUCCUGAAGUGGGAGUUGUUCCAGCUGGCAGACUUGGACACGUAUCAGGGCAUGCUGAAGCUGCUCUUCAUGAAGGAGCUGGAGCACAUCGUCAAAUCGUACGAGGCGUACCGGCAGGCGCUGCUGUCGGAGGUGGAGGCUCGUAAGCAGAGGCAGCAGUGGUACGCCCAGCAGCAGCCCAACAAGAACUUCAUGGGGAACAUGUGAAGAGUUUAUGUUCCCUGCUGGAACGGCUCGCUGCCACACCUCUCUGAGGUCUCCGCUGCUUAGGAGUGGUCGGGGUUUCCUUUGAAAUCGUCGCUCCUAAUUGCCUCUUUACCAAAACACAUCUGUGCCUUUGCUUGAUCCAAAUAUAUCAGCCAAGAAGUCAUACAUGCAUCGACGAGGAGGGGUGGGGUUUCUCCUCUUUAUGUGACACUGAAUCAUGAAUGAGCAUGACUGAAAAAAAAAAAAAAAAAAACACUCCAAUGAAGAAAAUGAACCUACAGCGAACCACAUGUAGAGCCAGAGAACUCUGUUUAUACGACUGAGCUGAACAGAGUCUGAACACUACAGAUAUUUGUCCAAAUCCUCCUGAGACUGUGCCUUUGGACUCAAAUUAAACGCAGCAUUUCAACGAUGUCUGCUCAUGUUUUAUACACACCAGCUACCCGCGCCAUCCUGUCCUGUGGGAGAAAACGACAGGCAGCUUCUUCUCAUGUUUGAAAUAUAUUUCCUCUUUGCUUUGUUACCCUCAUAAACUGAAACCGCACACUUCAACAUUAAACAGAAAGUGUGCAUUUUUGUAUUUUAUGACCUCUUUAUAUGACAAUCCAUCAAAACUUUCACAGAUAUUUAUAUGAAAGGAAAGAAGCAUCAAGUUUGAUGCGGCGGUUUGAGCAUCUCUUGGCAUUACUGUAAGUCAGGAAUAUUCUUAUUUUAUGUGUGAUCGAGUGUGUGAAUGAAACGAAUAAGCUACUGGAACUGUAACACUAAAAAUACAAAAAGUUUGCCAAAUAAGUGCAAUUCAGCUUCUUCUUUACAAUAUUUCUGAAUAUUUCUUGCUUUGGUAAUGCCUUUUUUAUGAACUGACGUUGGGAUGAGGAGCAGGUUCUUGUAAAUAUAUUCCGCUGAUCACCAGUCGAUCAGUUUGAGCUAAUCAGAAAUGUUUUUAUAAUGGAGAUUAUGUUUAGUAUGGAAGCCUGAGGGGGACAUGCAUACAUAUUCCUAUAUACUCCUGUGUUUAGGAAUAAUUUACAGCUGUUUUCUGUUAGUGUUUAUACAAUCUUUUGCUUACUUAUCCCAGAAUGAGAAGCCUAGAAACAGAGAAAACAGCUGAAAUUAUCCUGUUAUCACAGGAAAACUGACAUUUCUGUAAGUUAAGAAAAGCUGGCAACAAUCUAGACCAUCGAUUCCCAACCCUGAGAGGAGGCAAGGCUCUGUCUGCUCUCAGGUCAUCUUAUUUGCAAUUGUUCACAAAAAAAAAAAAAUAUUGACAGUGAUACUGAGCCUGUGGCUUUUGAGACACAUUCAGCUCUUUUUUUGACCAGUUGUGGGUUGAAUUUUUCUCAGGAUUAAUAAAGUAUUAAUCUGGGUCUUUCAAGACUUGCUUGGAAAACAUAAUCUCCCUGAGAAUAUGUAAAAAAAAAAAAAAAAAACACGGUCAUCAGAAAUUCUUUAUAUCAAGCAGCAUCAGUAAAUUUAUUCCCCACACAUAGACAGUUGGUUUUAGUUGCCAAAUUUAGAUGUCAACAUUUAUUUUUUUGUCCUUAAGCCAUAUAUUAUGACCAUAAUUUCUGCACAACCGAGCGGGUAUCUCUUUAAAGUUCAUCUGUUGUGCUGCAAAAUGCUAAUAAUUUUCCACAGCUGUUUCCUGCUGAUGCUAUCGUUGUGAUAGCACCGUCAUCAAUGAGCCUCCACACACUGACCCUAUGUUGUGAAAAUGCAAUAUCUUGCAGACUUUUAUUUUAGGGAAUCACGUUGGGAAUCGUUGCACAGAUUGACUCGACCUGACUAGUCUUGGUUGCUGUCUCUUUCUAUCAAUUUAAACACCAGGGGCAGAAAAGAUAAAUGCUUUAUUUUAAAAAAAAAAUCACAGCAGAAUAAAUUUGUGUUUUAAUUUGGGAGACCAAGACAUUUCUCUAAAGGGCUGCUGAUCCGGUAAUAGUGGAAUAUAUUUACCAGGAACCCCUCUUCAUCGAGUCUUCAAAGAUGCAAACGUCUCGAUCACAUCUUUUCAUCAGUUUGUACAUAUCUGAGUUUGUGGAUAUCAAAUACAGGACAAAAGCAAUAAAGUCUGCAGUGA